CGUUCCCGCCCGGUUCACUUUAAAUGCCGGACCUGUGUCAGUGUUGUUGUGAAGUGGGACGGUGGCAGCGCUCAGCUCGGAGCUCCAACAGCGGAAAGAAGCCUUUUCCACUGUGGGUCGUGACUGAACUGUGUGGUGCAGACUCUUUCCACCCUCGGAUGGACAUCUGCUCAGAACCUCCAGUACAGCCGCGUCUGUUUGUCUGGAACCUCCGCUGCCUGUGUGCUGCGUUCAAGGGACUCACACUGGAAUAUGUGGACGCUUUUUCACCUCAGAUGUGUGACCUACCUGCCUACAAUCAUCUGCAAAAACUAACUGAUGAACUGGUUCAGAGUGAAGUCCAGUAGACAUGUCCUGUAAAGAGGAGAUCUGUUCAAGUCCAGAACUGCACAAAUUGAAGAGACUUGACAGUCAUUGUCAUAGUUAUCAGAGAAAUGGAGCAGGAAGGAAGUGAGCUGAACCAGGACAGGUUUUCCUGUUCGAUCUGUUUGGAUCUACUGAAGGAUCCAGUGACUAUUCCCUGUGGACACAACUACUGCAUGAAGUGUAUUAAAACCCACUGGGAGAAGAACAUCCACAGCUGCCCUGAGUGCAGACAGACCUUCAGACCGAGGCCUGUCCUGGUGAAAAACACCAUGUUAGCAGAUUUAGUGGAGGAGCUGAAGAAGACUGGACUCCAAGCUGCUGCUGCUGAUCACUGCUACGCUGGACCUGGAGAUGUGGCCUGUGAUUUCUGCAACGGCAGAAAGCGAAAGGCAUCCAAGUCCUGUCUGCAGUGUCUGGUCUCCUACUGCCACAAACACCUCCAGCCUCACUUCACAUCUCCUGCCUUUAAGAAACACAAACUGAUGGAACCCUCUGAGAAGCUCCAGGAGAGCAUGUGCUCUCUUCAUGAUGAGGUGAUGAAGAUGUUCUGCCGCACUGAUCAGCAGUGUAUCUGUUAUCUGUGCUCUGUGGAUGAACAUAAAGGCCACGACACAGUCACAUCUGCAGCAGGAAGGACUGAGAAGCAGACAGAGCUGGAGCUGAGUCGACAGAAAAUCCAACAGAGAAUCAAAGACAAACACAAAGACAUGAAGGUGCUUCAACAGGAGGUGAAGACCAUCAGUAACUGUGCUGAUGAAGCAGAGGAACAGAACGACAAGAUCCUCACUGAGAUGAUCCGACUCCUGGAGGAAAGAAGGCGUGAUGUGAAGCAGCGGAUCAGAUCCAAGGAGGAAACUGAAAUGAUUCGAGUCAAAGAGCUGGAGUCGAAGCUGGAGCAGGAGAUCACUGAGCUGAGGAGGAAAGACGCUGAGAUGGACAAACUCUCACACACAGACGACCACAACCAGUUUUUACUCCAGUAUCCAUCAGUGUCCAAACUCAGUGAAGAUCCAGACUCACCCAGCAUCAACAUCUGUCCUCUGAACUACUUUGAGGAUGUGACCACAGCUGUGUCAGAGCUCAGAGAUAAACUACUCGACAAUCUGAGAGAGAGAUGGACAAACACCUCAGUGGCAAUCACUGAACCAAAGGUUUUACUGAGUAUAUCACAACCUGAACCACAGACCAGAGCGGAGUUCUUACAAUAUUCAUGUGAAAUCACACUGGAUCCAAACACUAUGAACUCAUGGCUGUCACUGUCUGAAGGAAACCGAAAGGUAACAGUUGUGACAAAGAAAAAAAAACGCCCAUUUCAUCCAGACAGAUUCACUACCUUAAGUCAGGUUCUGAGCAAAGAGAGUCUGACUGGUCGGUGUUACUGGGAGGUGGAGCUGAGACCGGAGAUGUAUGGGUUGGGUAUAAUUUACAUAGCCCUCACAUACAAGAAUAUAAAAAGAAAAGGAGAGUCUUUUAAAAGUGCAUUUGGAUAUAAUGACAAAUCUUGGUCCUUAUGUUGUUUAAACAGGUUUUCUGGAUUUUAUCACAACAAAGUCAAAUCUCCUGUCUCACAUCCAGUUAACUCCCCAGUUGGAGUGUACCUGGAUCACACAGCAGGUAUUCUGUCCUUUUACAAUGUUUCUGAAACCAUGACCCUCCUCCACAGAGUCCAGACCACAUUCACUGAACCUCUGUACUUUGGAAUUUGGCUUCAGACUGUUGGAGACGUUGUAGAAAUUAUUAAACUUUGGUAAACUCUUAGUAGCUAUUGAACUAUCUGAAACCCAAGUAUUGAAAAACAGCUGUUUCUUUCAUUAAUACAGUUCUUUGUUACUUGUUUUGAAAUGGUUUUUAACCUUUGAUCAUCAUUUGGUUUUGGAGGAUUUUGUGAAAUCGUAAAAUGUAGAAUAGUAAUUGUAAUCUAAUGAAAUUCCACAACCAGGAACUAGAUGAAAAUGGUUUGUUGGAACUUUUCUAUUGGGUCUUGUUUUUUUUUUUUUUGUUGUGAAUUUUAUUUCAUCUGAACUGUCUUGAUAUUUGCACAUUGAACUUUGUUCUGAUCAUAGUUUUUUACUCUUUGCUUUUGUUCCAAAACUGCUGGAAACAUUGAAGAAUCCUGUACAGUUUGCUGUAAAAACUCUGUUUUUGAGGAAACAGUGUUUUGUGCAGCAGUAACUGUCAUUCUGUGGAUUCAGAGGUUGAAGUCAUUCUGUUCAAUCAUUUCCUAAAUGUGUUUAGUUGUUUUCAGUCUUUGAUAAACAGCUGAUCUUUGUUUUUUUUUUCUUCUGAACAGUUGGAGGUCUGUUCAGAAACAUGUGAUCAUCAUUAUAUCAGCUGAAGCAGUGAUUUAUCUUUAAUAGUUGAUUUUCUUUUCAUCUCUUUCUAAAUGUGUUGUGUCUGAGUCUUCCUUCAUGGACACUUCAGCAGCUGAACAAGUGAAAAGCUGAACACAAGAGGGCGCUGUCAUCCUGUUCAAACACAUCCACUCAGUCUGUGCAUUUUCAAUCCACGUCUGUAGAUUAGAUCCAAAAUUCCUGCUGUGUCUGCCACAUAUGAUGAGGAAUUACUGCUGUUAAAGAUCAAACUCACAUGAGUCGAUUUUAUGGACUUGGACUUUUAACAAAAAGUGAAUCACUGUGAAAAUCAUCUGGGUUUUUUUUUUACAUUUUGAUGCUUUUGUUUGAAUAAAUGCAGAUAAAACUGAAUCCUUUACUGAUGUGAUGAGAGAAAAGCAGCAGAUUCUUGUGAAUUUUUUAUCAGAUAUAAAAGCAUCUGAACUGAA